AUUUUCGCGGAUCGCCGUCCCUGUCACUUUGCGAAAGUUUGAAGUUUGGUGUGUGUGCAAAAGUGUGCGGCCGCGUUUCGUUGGCGAAAAAAUUGUAUCUGCAAAAUCUUCCGGCUUCCGGCGUUUCCUGUGCACUUCCGCCUCGCAAACGGAUCCGUGUUCGCAAAGGGGCACCACCAGCACUAGCAGGCAGUGAUUAAAUCAAUAAGCGUGGCCAAACACCAUUAAGCGCGCGCCCCCCUCUCGCCAGUGAUAUAAUAGAUCCAAGUUAAGCAACAGCAGUUAGCAAGUGUAACCAAAAAAAAGGAAGAAAAGAAAUAGUCUAACAAAAUAGUGUAAGAGCAGCAUCCAGCAGCAGCAGCAAGCAGCCACCAAAAUGAACAUCGAGAUCACGCCAAACUACUCGUACAUUUUCGACUUUGAAAAUGAGUUCAUCCACCAGGACACACGCGUCUGGAUGGUCAAAAACUGGACCUACGUGUUCUACUACUGUGGCAUCUACAUGGCGGUGAUCUUCGGCGGGCAGCAUUUUAUGCAAAACAGACCGAGAUUCGAGCUACGGGGACUACUAGCGAUAUCACUUCUAGCAAUGUUCAGCAUAAUGGGUGCCUUCCGGACAGCGCCAGAACUAGUGCACGUACUAAGGCAUUACGGCCUCUUCCAUUCCGUGUGAGUCCCCAAUUUCAUCGAACACGACCGAGUCAGUGGCUUCUGGACGUGGCUGUUUGUGCUGUCGAAGCUGCCCGAGCUGGGCGACACCGUGUUCAUCGUGCUGCGGAAGCAGCCGCUCAUCUUCCUGCACUGGUACCACCACAUCACGGUGCUGAUGUACAGCUGGUUCAGCUACACCGAGUACACCGCGUCGGCCCGUUGGUUCAUCGUGAUGAACUACUGCGUCCACUCGGUGAUGUACUCGUACUAUGCGCUGCGCGCCCUCAACUUUAAGCCCCCGCGUUCGAUCGCGAUGCUGAUCACGACGCUGCAGCUGACGCAGAUGGUGGUGGGCUGCGCGAUCAACAUCUGGGCCCACGGAUUCCUGCAGACCGCCGGCAAGGGUAGCUGUAACAUCUCCGAGAUGAACAUCAAGCUGUCGAUCGCGAUGUACUUUAGCUACUUUGUCCUGUUUGCGCGCUUCUUCUACAAGACCUACCUCUCGACGAACGCCCGCAAGGGCAAGCGCAUGGUCAAGACGACCGUCGGCGGCGGCAGCAACGUGGACCAGGUUCAGUACACCGCCAGCAGUAAACCGACGGUCAUCAGUGCCAGCCUCUCGGCGACGACAGCAGCACAAAACGACAAAAUCAAAGCACAGUAAAAAGGCUUUCUCUGCUUCACACAAACACACACACACACACACACACACACACACUCAUACUGACUCAUUCACACGCAAGCAAAGCUAAACCUAAAAAAAAGGGGAGACACUUUCAGAGAAAGACAAAAAGUGUCCGCGAGUUCUGUGAGAAUUCUUAACACGACGAACAAAAAAAAACAGUGCACGCACAGAACGUGGCGGCAUAUCAUCGCGGGGUUUGGGACACAAACCCCCUUUCCCAAGUCAUCUUUCCACGUUUUCAUUUGUUUUUUUUUUCGAUUAUUAUCAUUAUUAUUAUUAUUUUCUUGUUCAAAGGGUAGUGAGUACAGACUAAAUAGGUGUUAGUUCUAUUCAAAAUGAGUAAAUUCUUAGCGCAGCUGCGCAGCAGCAUGAGGACCUUUGAAGCUACCCGCAAAAAAACUAUCGUUAACUUGUUCUAACCAUUUCCACCACCCUAUACAUUUACGCUCGAAUGUGUUCAUUUGUUGGUUUUAAAGGAAGUAAAAAAAAGCUCAAACGUUGAAUUAAAUCGUACCUCGAUGCUUAAAUUUUCUAGUUUCCUUGCUGCUGUACCGGGUUUUCCGCGCGGAAAACUAGCUCUCUCUAACCCUCCCACCACCUUCUUAAAGUGUGCGACCACGGUGAGUAGCAGCUUGGAUCGGUUUUGAACGAACAUCACGUUUCCGCUUUCGUCUCUGUGGGCAGAUCUAUUUGAAAAAGCGAAAAGAUUUGAAUGAUAGACAGGAAAGUUUGUGCGUAAUCUCGAGCGCGAGAAUGUUCACAAGCUAAAUAUUGGAAAUGAAGCGCGUAGCGAAAUUUGGUAGAGCUUUCUUUCAAAUAGAUGGAGCUCAUGAGGGGGAAAGCGCAGGGUGGCCACUCAAAAUCGGAAAAAUUAGAACAAAACGCACCUUUAUCAACCUUCAGAUAAAUAUUUUCUUGCUAAGAUUUUAAUCAAGUUUCAAGAAUUAUUUUCAAUGUUUUCAGAAAGCCAAAUUAAAAAAAAAAGUUAAGUUUUGAGAUUAUUUUCUACAAAAUUCAAGAAAAUUUUAUAACAAUGGUGAAAAUGCUAGAUAGAGUAAUCAAAUCUGAAAAAAACUAAAAAUCUGAAAAUGGUUUUCAUUAAAAUUCUCAGCAUUGAUACUUGAAAACUCAGUGGUGAUAUUUCAUGGUAGGGUUGCCGAUUUUCAAUUAAUAUUCUUUCGAAUUAACUUUCUAUCCUUAGAAAGGGUACCCAGAUCUUCAUUGUUCCCAAAAUAAAUGAUGUUUCAAACUCAAGUAUAAUAAAAUGGAAUUAUUUUUGCAAAACUCAUCCUAAUUUAAAACUUUCGGACUUAGGCCAAACCUGUUUUUUUUUUUUGUAAGUUUUGUUUUCAGCGUUGUGAAACUACUAACUUUUCCUGUCAUUCUUGAAAGGGGAAAAGGCCUCAUUUUCAUCUUCUUUUAACUAAAAAAAGUACCUUCAGCAUCCAAAUGUGAAAAUUUUCAGCACUUGUAUAAUAGUUAUACUUUUCGACACCAAACUAAAGGAGGUAUUAGACUACGGCAAACAAACAAACUCGCACUUUUUGACAGUUUGCCUGCAUUUGUUUGCAGAAACGUCAACCAGCAUACAUUGCUUUGUUUGCGAGUUUGCCGCAAACAAGUAUGCGAGUUAGGCGAACUGUCAAUCACGUAAAAGUGCGAGUUUUUUUUGUUUGUCAUAGUCUAAUACCUCCUUAACGCAGGUCAACAAACUUUUCACUGAAAAAUGCCAUUCAAAACUGUUUUUCGAACAUGCAAGAAAUAUUGUAUGCAAUUUGUUGAAAAACUCGAUUUUCUCAGUAAUGAUCGUAUUUUUGUAUGAUUCGUGCUAUAUCUUCUUGCCACUUUUCGCAUAAAAUGCUACUUGAUGACAUUUGGUCAACAAUUUAAAAAAAAAAAAAAAAACAAGACGAAAAACGCCAAUUUAUUACUUUUGUUUAGAGACAAAAUUUCCAAAUUGGGUCCAUUCGGUCCAGAAUUAUUUUGUGGUUUGAACGAACAUCGUAUUUUUAGAAAGAAAAAAACUUUUCACAAAACAAGUUAUCAAACUGAAGUUCAUGUUUGCAUAUUAAAACAAAUUUGCAAGGAAUGUUUUCCCAUACAUAUGACUACUAGAGAGCCUAUAUAAAGAGGCGAAAUGUUACUUUCGGGAUUCCAAUCAAGCUGUUGAAUCAAGGUUCUAAUCGAGAAAAAAGACCUUGUAAAAAUAAGAUCGUAAACAAUUUGAAAUAUUUUUGAUCAAAAAACGAGAUUUUAAGCAUCAUACAUUAGGUUUUUUGAAAAUAAAAGUUUCACAAAAUAUGUGACGUUAAAAAUAUUGUUUAUUGCUAAAAAAUAUUAAAAAUUUAUCCAACUUUGAUAUUCCAAAGCCUCAUCGCUCGAUUGGAACCCUGAUUUGACAGCUCGAUUUGAAAGCCCAAGGGUAACAUUUCGCCUCUCCAUGUAGGCUUUUUUAUUGAAUAUGUGUUAUCAGUGUUGUAAAUGAGUGAUAGAAGAAAACUAUCACUUGAUGAUCUCUGCACCAAAAUGUCAGAGAGUAUAGCGACCGUCACUAUAGCUUGCAAGUUCUCUUCUCAUAUUUCGUGAUUGCCAGCAAGAGCAUUCCCUUUCUAUCACUCCUUCUCUUUUGCUCGAUCACGCUCACUCGCCGAAGAUUAUUUUGUUUUCUCACCUUAAUGGCUACGCUGAGUGAGAAAAAGAGUCGCACGGGAUUGUGUAAACACGAGACAGAGACCACUUUUUUGCUUAGAAUUUCGCGACAGAAAGAAUGGCAAUGAAAAUUUGGAGAUGAGAUUUCGGGCAUGAUAUUUGUAGUCGCUGAGUACUGAAAGUUUGAUAUUUGAAAUUGCAACACUUCGUGUUAACUUUUCUUAAAAAAUAAAAACAGAAUUUCCUCAGUUUUGUGCAAUGCAUGGGAUAUUUACAACUCGAUCAAAUGUAAUAUGUUGGCAAUCAAGUGAGACUUCUUUUAGAAUAUUUUGUUGUUUUUUAAGACCAUCUGGGCCCACAAGCUGAGAGAGAAUAUCGCAAGAGAACGAGCCUCUCUUCACUCGUUUGCGAAGUAUCGACGAAAUUGAAGAUCCACGAGAGAUUUCGUGUACAAGUCAUCUCCUUCUUUUCGAGAAUUCGAGGAUGAUUUUAUCAUGGUAUUUUCAGUGUAAAUAAUAGAAUUUGAAAAAACCUUAUUUUUGUAUUCGAAAAAUCUAAGAUAUAAACUGAAAUUCAAAAUUUAGAUUUGAUUAACCACCCUGGCAAUGUGAUUUCCUGUACUUUCUAAUCUAGACAAUAAAUUUCCCCCUCCUCGUAAUAAGCAUUUAACGAUAUUUUCGCGUGCAAGCGGGUAGUUCUAGCAAAAAGCUUCAAACGAUUAGCUAGCCCCAAAGUUUGAGCGAAGGGUCCUCACUGCUGAGCCGCGUAGAACCGCGUGCGUACUGUUUGGGCCUAGCCCCCCUGUUUUCCCCGUUUCCCACAUUAAUUUAUAUAUAUCUUCUAAAAAUCUUGUUUUUGCGCUCUUGCAAAACACUGCUCAAAAGUUUCAAUCCACCCGCCCAUGAACUAUCUCUCCCUCUCUCUCUCUCUUGUUACUGGUAUUCGUACGAAAUAGUCUUGAGUUAGGGCGUAAGUUGUUUUUUGGAAGAUCCUUGUGUAAAUAAUCUUUUCUAGUGAACAAAACAACCAUUUAAAAAAAGGAUAUCGCGUUAAGCAGCUAUAAACUCUAUUACGACCUUAGGGCUGAGAUACCAUUGCGAGAAAUGCUGAUGAAAUAACAAAAAAAAUAAACAAUACAAAGCAAAGCUAAACAGAAACCAAUCCCACAAUUGAGAAAUUCUAAAAAUAAUAAAAUGAAAGUAAAACAAACCGUUGAUGCAAUAGAAAUUACACAAAUUUUGCGGUUCAUCCCGUCCUAGGAAGAAAACAAGAAAAAUAAAUCCACUCAAGGAAAAAAUGAUUCGCUUUUUGUUGCCGUAGCAGAAACAAAUGUGUGCUCCCUUCUAAAAAAAAAAAGAAUAAAACUUUUCAACCCCGAACUAGCGAAAAACAAAUUUAACAAAAUGCCACAGAAAAAUAACCGCAAAACGUGGCGGUGCGAUGUGUGGUGAGAAAGGAAUUCCUCAUUGUGUAAAUAUUCUACCGAACAAAAAUGAGCUUUCGCCGUUUGCGUUUCACGCGUUACAAGAAAACCGCACAUUGUGUCCACGUUUGCAGUGCAACAUUUUUAGAACAUUCCUUGGUGCGGGUGUGCGCGCGGCAUUUAAGGACGAAGCAGCAAAAAACAAUAGAUCAAAAAUACAGCAAAUCACACAAAACAAGUUGAAAGAAGUUUUUGAAAAAUACAUGACAUUGAUUUCUUUUCGUUUCUUUUUCUUGUGUGAAACUAGCAAAAAUAAUCUUUCUAUUGGUUGCUAAUCACACACGCACACACACAUACACAAAUGUGUUUUGUUAAAAAUUGAUUGAGUGAAAGUGUUUGAAUUUUGUUUUCGUUUGAAAUUCUUUGGUUGUUUACUUGUAUCGAAAAUACAAACACACACAUAAGCUUUAAACACACACAAACAACAACUACACACCAAUAUUUAUUAUAGCUGAAAAAUUUCAUCAAAAACCCAAGAGAGAAAGUAAAGAGAAAAAACACAACAACUUCGCUACAUUCGUAAAAGUAUCACAAAGAGGUGGAUAAAAAGGCAAACAAUAAUUAACUCAAAAUGAAAAAAAAAAAAACAAAACAAAAUGUAACGGCAAAAAAGUGUUAACAAAAAAUAUGGUUCAUUACUAGCAGUGUGGCGUAAAGAAGGAGAAAAAUCUACCUAUAGUUCAUAAACUGUAACAGUGACUACAAGCAAGCAAAGCAAAAACAAACAUUUAAAGAAAGGGGAAAAAAAUUCAACUAGUGAAAAAAAAA